AUGGUCGUCGCCGCCAUGGCCAAGAAUUUGGACUGCAUCCCAUACGAUGUCUUCUACCAAGUGGCUUCCACUCUGGAUUGUCAAGAUCUCGUCCAUCUCAGUCGCGUCAACCGCACCUUGAACCAUUUGAUCCAGAAUGAGUCGAUCGCACGCAAGGCAAUUCAAAAUGAUCUCCUACAUACCAAGGAAGGACAACAGGCAAGCCAGGCCAAAACUGGAUAUCGCAAUGCUCUUGGGCGUUUGUUCGACAUUAAGGAAUCGUUCGCUACCGCACAGCCAUAUUCAGCCUCCAUUCUAGCGUACGGGAGUUCCUUUCUCUACAGUGAUGGCUGCCUGUGUUACAUCUACAACGAGGAAAUUCGGCUCUUGGAUGUGCACGGUGCCAGUCAAGUGGAACAGGUGCUGAACAUUCAGAAUGUUCUGUCCCGUGCAAUUCCUGAUUGCAACCCACAGGAGGACACCAUCCAGAUCUGCCCCAUGCAUUACAGUGACGGGAUCCUGGCGUUCACAGUCGAGCUUGUAGAUCGACCCGAUGCCUGGCUUCUGGUCAUGGACAUGCGCCGCAAGGUCGAGCACAAAAAGAGCGGCCGACUCCGUCUGUUGACCCAGCUCCGACACACGCGACGGUUGUUUGUCCGACAUAAUGGCUCCUAUCUUUACUAUGGAACGCACACGGCCAUGGGCGAUCGUGGCUUUCCGCAAUGGGCGAUCAAUUGCGUGGAUUUGAAAAAAGGUCAACCCACGAUUGACAAGCCUGUUGUGCUCGAAAACUUUGCCGGGAGUGAGGUUGGCCAGACCGUGUGUUUUGAGAUUCACCAGGAUCACCUCUACGCCGUGUCCACGCUGGUGGAUUUCGAAGCCGAGGAAGUCGAUUGGACCUCAUACUACGUCUGGCUGUGUCUCUCCCCCCAAGCCAAUGACAAAAAGCGAUACAUCAUGCCCAACCGCACUUGGCGACGUCAGCACCGCGAAGGCCCGAUUAACGACACCUGGUCGGAUCUCACCCUGCGCCACGAUGAGGCCACCAAGCGACUCAUGAUCCUCGAAUGUCGCCGGGAAUGGCGCGAUGGCGGCAGUGAGAAUGCACGCACGUAUUACAUGCAGCCCUUGCCGUCGCCCGCCGAAGUGGCCCAGCAGAAACAGCAAGGAUCGGGGGCGGCGCCCAACAUCACCCCCGUGGCCCUCCCCGACGAACCCCUAACCAGAACCCUCGACUCCACUAACAAACCCAACUACGAGCCCCCGCGCAAGCGUCUGCGCCGACACUUUCACCAAGAAUACGCCCAGGGUGUGGAGCCAACCCAACGGCGUGACUACAUCCUCGCCAAAACCAAGUUCCGCAGCUACAACCUCUCGGCUUCUACCUUUGUGGAUUUGGUGAAUGACCCCUCCCCGGAGAGGCCCGGCAGCUUCAUCUCACACGACCGCCUACGGGUCCGCGUCGUGUCUCGCAAACGCAAAUGUCCCAUUGACGAGGCCGGGGACGAAGGCGAGCCCGGCUUGCUCUUCCGCCCGGAACUCAGCAACGCCGAUGGCCAACCUAUCGAGCACAGCGAAGAGCGCUAUGCCUCCCGCGGGGUCAGUCUGUGGCCACCCGACGAUGCGCCACGGGAACUGACUCAGCUGCUGUGCCCAUCGAAGCGUUGUGGCCCCGUCCAGGCAGCCGCCGACGAACGGUCCCUCGUGUACUCGGUCGACCAGGAAGGGCUGGAAGGGACGGGAAACCAAGCGAUCGUGCUGAUCAAUUUCGACCCAUCGCUGCGACUGCCCGGCUUACAGAGGAUGGAUCUGACCCGCGGUGGAGCCGUGGCCACAGACGAAUGCAAGGCGGCCGUUGGGAUGGAGAGACCAUCCAUCGGAGACAUCGGACGCGAACGGUUCGGCGUGCACACGAGUGUCGGCAGUCGCAGGACGAACCAGCCAAUGCCAUCUGUUCGGGAGGAGAGGGCCAUGUAUCUUUCCAUUCGGCGGGGGUAUUGGCUUCGAUAG